AUGACGACUUGUGGAGGGCCGCCGCAGUUGAUGGCGGAGGCAACGGCGGAGGAGAGGGAUGCGUUGGAGAGGAGUAGGAAGAAGGUGAGGAAAGCGGGGAUAGCAUUCAACGAGGAAGAAUUUCCUAGACUAAUCGGAAAGGAACAGGAAAGCCGAGAGGAAGGGGGGAAACGCUCUUACCGUGAUUCUGUGAAAGAAGGUGGUGCGACGUCGAGAGCAGGGUUAUUCAGAAUGGAGGAUGAGGAGUCCGUUGAUACUGGGUUUGAUGCCUUAGAAGAUUUGAACGAGGGCAUCUGGAUAGAUAGAGCAAAUCCGCAGAAGUCGAAUAUAGUAGUGUCGGUUGAAGAGAAUCGGAGGAUAGGAGAGAUUUUCUCGCAAACUUUGGUUGUUAAACUGGUGGGGAAGACAAUGACACUGGCAGCCAUGAAGAGAAACCUGCUGCAUCUAUGGGGGAAAAGGGGGAAGGUGAAAGUAUCAGAUGUUGAGAAUGAUUACUAUAUGGUUGGCUUUCAGGAUGUUGAUGACUACAUGAACGCCUUAACCGGCGGACCAUGGACUCUAUUUGAUUCUUAUCUGAGUGUGAUGAGAUGGAGGUCUGAUUUUGAACCAUUGAUGGAAGAGAUAACUAAGAUUGCUGUUUGGGUGAGACUGCCGGGAUUAUCGUUUAAGUAUUUCGAUAAGAAGAUUCUGUGGAAUGUCGGAAGUGCCAUUGGUAAGGUGUUGAGGGUAGAUACAAGCACGGCUACAAGAGCAAGAGGAAUGUAUGCUCGAAUAUGCGUAGAAGUUGACCUUAAACAGCCGUUGAUCCCCCAGUAUACAAUUGAUGGAGUGACAAAGCAAAUAGAGUAUGAAAGCAUGGGACUCUUGUGCUUGUGCUGUGGCCGUUUUGGGCACGUAAAAGAUCACUGCAAAGAAGGUAAAAGGGCAGAUAAAAAAGACGGAUAUGAGAGUCAAAAUACUAGGGAGGAUAUGGAGGUGGAAGGUCCCUGGAAAGUGGUACAGAGAAGUAGGAGGGGUAGAAGGGUGCAGAACCAAGUGGGGAGUGUUGCAGGGACGUCACGUUUCUCAGUGCUUGAGAGGCAGACCGAGAGGGAAGAGGAGAAUGAACAGGGGGUGGCACCAAUGCAAGAUAUAACUAAUGGAAGUAGAGUGGAUGCAAGAAGUGGAAGGAGUAAGGAGACUCAUCGAAGAAAUACAGAUAAAUCACAACAGAAAGGGAAUGAAGGAAUCAUUUUCAGAGCAACGAAUUUGAUAAUUUGGAAUUGUCGUGGAGCUGCAAGUAAUAAGAGUAUAGCAGCAGUGAAAGAAAUUAAUAGAUUACAUAAGCCGGAUUUGUUUGCUUUGGUUGAAACUAGGGUGAGUGGAAACAAAGUAAAAGAUAUUGUGAAGAGAAUGGGGUUUAAUUUCUCUGUGAGAGUGGAAGCAAGGGGGUAUACUGGUGGAAUCUGGCUUUGUUGGAAGGAGGAGAACCUCAGUGUUGAAGUUCUUUGGGAGUGUGAGGAAUUCUUACAUGUCAGAAUUGACAGAAGCAACUCGUUAGUGUGCUUCUGCACCAUAGUCUAUGCAAACCCGCAGGGAGUAAGGAGAAAUGAAUUAUGGGAUAAAUGGAAUGUGAUUGCACAGGAGGUGAAAGGUCCUUGGCUCAUAGGGGGUGGUUUUAAUGAUAUUGCCUCUCUAAGUGAGCAAAGCGGAGGCAUGGGGGCUAAUAUUAACAGAUGUAAUGCGUUUCGUGAUUGGAUUCAUAGGAAUGUUUUGAUUGAUUUAGAUCCAGUGGGUCCGUUUUUUACUUGGAGGGGACCUAAAUGGGAAGGAAGGGAAAGGGUGUUUAAGAGACUGGACAGAGGUUUGUGCAAUGUGGAAUGGCAGAAUGCCUACUCAAAUGCGUUUGUACGAGUGCUUCCCAGAAUUCACUCGGAUCAUCAUCCCCUUUUAUUUAACUUCAGCGGACAACAAACUGUUUGGGUAGAGAGGCCGUUUCGUUUUGAAGCCAUGUGGUUAAAGCAUCCGGAUUUUAAGAACUUCAUGGAGAAGAAAUGGAAUAAGGGAGAAGAGAUGGUUAAGGCACUGGAAAGCUUGAAAGAAGCCUUGAGAGUUUGGAAUAAGGAGGUGUUUGGGGAUUUGAGGAAGAGGAAGAAUAAGCUUUUGGCAAGAAUUGGUGGUAUACAGCAAAGUUUGGGUAAAAGCAGAAAUCCGUUUUUGGAUGAACUAAGCCAAGAGCUUCAGCAAGAACUGAUGGAACUCCUGCUACAAGAGGAGAUUUUCUGGUUCCAAAAAUCUCGGGGGGAGUGGAUGGAAAAUGGGGACAGAAAUACACACUAUUAUCAUUUAAAAACUCUGAACAGGAGGAGGAGAAACAGGAUUGUAAUGUUAAAAGAUGAAUAUGGGAUGUGGAUUGACAACGAGAUAGAGCUAAUAGAAAUGGUCCGGAAUUAUUUCAUUAAUAUGUUUACAAAGGAAGUAGGAGGAAGAAGGUGGGUAGAUACAAAACAAAGAUGGGGGACAGUGUCUCAGGAAUGCUUAAAUAGGUUGAAUAAGAAUGUAGGGAGGGAGGAGAUAAGAAGGGCCAUGUUUAAUAUAGGGGCAUUUAAAGCUCCUGGAAUUGAUGGAUUUCCUGCUGCUUUCUAUCAAAGUAACUGGGAAUUAGUGGGGAAAAAUGUUAUACGCAGUAUUCAUAAUAUGUGGGAGAAUCCUUGCAAGAUUAAAGAGGUGAACGAGACACUUACAGUACUUAUACCAAAAAAUGAAAAGCCUGAAAGGGUAACGCAGAUGAGACCAAUUUCAUUAUGCACAGUAAUGUAUAAGGUGCUGUCUAAAAUCCUAGUCAACAGAUUGAAACCGAUUUUAAGUAAGAUAGUUUCUCCCUAUCAGACGAGUUUUGUACCAGGGAGAUGUAUACAGGAAAACAUCAUUAUUGCUAAAGAAAUUGAUCAUUUGAUGAGUAGAAUGAGUGGGAAGAAGGGUUUCAUGGCAAUUAAAAUUGAUUUGGAGAAGGCAUAUGAUAGGAUGAGCUGGGAAUUCCUAUAUAGAGUUCUUGGCGAGAUUGGAAUAAAUGGGAAGAUUUUGGAGGUUAUUGAAGCGUGCGUGAAUACUACUAGUUUUCAGAUUCUGUGGAAUGGAGCCAAGUCCACCUCGUUUUUGCCUUCAAGAGGAGUGAGACAAGGUGACCCCUUGUCACCUUAUCUUUUUGUGAUGGGUAUGGAAAAAUUGUCACAUAUAAUUGCAGAUGCAGUAACAGCAAAACAGUGGAGACCAAUUAAGAUAGGGAGGAAAAAGAUGGAAGUGCCCCACUUGAUGUUUGCAGAUGAUUUGUUGCUUUUUUGUGAAGCUGAAAGGGAUCAAGUUGAGGUGGUGACAAGAUGUUUGCAGAAAUUUGCUGAGAUGUCUGGGCAAAAAAUAAAUCCUCAAAAGACUACUGUAUGUUUCUCCAGGAACGUAAGCGAGGAAAACCAGAAUGAACUUGUUAAUAUAUGUGGUUUCAGCAAAGCAGAAGGGAUUGGUAGAUAUUUGGGGGCCCAAGUAGUUAGGGGAAGAAACCUAAGAAGAAACUUUGAUUUCAUAAUCGAUAAAGUGCAAAAGAAACUCAGUGGAUGGAAGAGGAAUAGUCUAUCCUUGGCUGGAAGGUUGACAUUGGUGCAAUCUGUUACUCAACAAAUGCCUGUUUAUCAUAUGCUACAUGAAGACAUACCAAAAGGUGUCUGCAAACAAUUAGAAAAGUUAUAG